UCCAAUUGCAAGUGCGGCGAGAGAACGCUUUGGUGAUGUAUGAAGUGGAGAUCCUAGACAAUUUUAAAUCAGUGAUUGUUGACCUCAACCACGAAUUGAUCACAAAGGGCUUCUCGUUCCUUGCCAGUGUGGCCAACGCAUCCCGCUCCAGACGGGUCACAGUCUGAUCUCUCCGUUUUCUGUGUUCAUAUCUUCGGAUAAAUCUGCGAAACUUUGGCGAUCCCCUCGGCCGGUAUAGCAGUGGCAAAAAAUGGCUGCCGGAGUGAGCCGAAAAAUAUCUGCGGCUUCAGCCAGGGCUCACACCAGAAGACUCAACAAAAGCACCUCAUCUCUGCUUCCUCCAGGAAUGCUUAAGGCAGCUCUUGCAGUGUCGUUUAUUGGAUUUCUAGCAUGGGCAUUUCAGGCUAUUCAGCCUCCUCCUCCCAAAACAUGUGGCUCUUCUAAUGGACCACCUGUGACAUCACCCAGAAUCAAACUUAGAGAUGGAAGGCAUUUGGCUUACCGUGAGUAUGGUACCCCAAAAGAUGCAGCCAAUUAUAAAAUUAUCUAUGUCCAUGGUUUUGACUCAUGCAGGCAUGAUGCUGUUAUUGCUGAAAGGUUAUCACCGAAAAUUACUGAAGAAGUGGGGGUCUAUAUUGUAUCUUUCGACAGACCUGGUUAUGGAGAAAGUGAUCCUGAUCCAAAUCGAACUUGGAAGAGCCUAGCCUUAGAUAUAGAAGAGUUAGCUGAUCAGUUGGGAUUAGGGUCCAAAUUUUAUGUAAUUGGUUUUUCAAUGGGAGGACAGGUUAUUUGGAGCUGCCUUAAGUACAUACCUCAUAGGCUGGCAGGUGCGGUGCUCAUUGCCCCAGUUGUCAACUACUGGUGGUCUGGUCUCCCUGCAAACUUGACUAAGGAAGCCUAUUACCAACAAAAACCACAAGACCAAUGGACACAACGUGUUUCUCACUACAUCCCUUGGCUAACUUAUUGGUGGAACACCCAAACAUGGUUUCCAUCAAGUAGUGUAAUUGCUCAUAGUCAAGAUGUUCUUUCCCGUCAAGACAAAGAACUUAUGCCUAAGAUGCAACAUAGAAUGAGUUAUAUGGCGCAAGUGAGGCAGCAGGGAGAAUAUGAAUCCCUACAUCGCGACCUGAAUAUUGGAUUUGGGACAUGGGAAUUUAGUCCUCUGGAUCUGGAAAACCCAUUCCAGACUGGUAAGGGUUCUGUCCAUCUAUGGCAAGGAGAUGAAGAUUUGCUGGUGCCUGUUACUCUGCAACGUUACAUUGCACAAAACCUUCCGUGGAUUCACUAUCACGAGCUUCCAGGUGCUGGUCAUAUGUUCCCCCAUGCUGACGGGAUGAGCGACACUAUCAUUCAGUCACUGCUACAGGGGAAUUAGGCUGUAACUCCGCGAGACGAUAUUGGAUCAGCUCCCUAUGUAUUUGCUGUCUCUAUUAUGGAGAUUUUGAACUUUCUGAUCAAUUUGAUCUGUAUCAUUAAUUGUUCCUGUUUUGAGAGAUGUUCGGGCAGCAUUUGUUUAUCUUAAAUUUUUACGUCCUUACCCCGCAUAUAUUUAGAGGCAUUCUUAGACAUCCACACCUCGGAAUCACUUUUGAAUCAGGUUGUCUCACAAAAUUGAUCAAUUUUUUCA